CGGCCGCCGGGCCGCGUAGACGGGGCGGCACGGCCGCCUCUCCCCGCGCAGCCGCCGCUCUGUCGGCGGCCGCCAUGGAGGAUGUGGGCUCGGGCGUGAACGCGGACGCGGAGGUGCGGAAGCUGCAGGAGCUGGUGAAGAAGCUAGAGAAGCAGAAUGAACAGCUUCGCAGCCGCCACGGCGCCCUGCCCGCCGCCCCCGCCAGCCCUAAGCGCCUGCCGAGCGCCGGGCCCUCCUCGCCGCCCCCCGCCGUCUCCCCGUCGCCCGACGGCCGCUGUCUCAGCCCCAGGGCCGCCCCUCGGCGCUCGCUCCCCGAGGAGCCCGGCGGUGGCGAUGGGGGCAGCGGCGGCACUGGUCUCCUGGACGAGGCGGCGGUGCUCAGGCCGGAGGAGCUGGAGCGGCUGGCCGGCUGCGAUGAGGACGAGACCGGCUGGUUAUAUACAUCUCCAAAGAAGAAACAAAAUCCACUGCAAAAAAGUGUCAGUCCAUUAGUUUGGUGCAGACAGGUAUUGGAUUACCCAAGUCCUGAUGUUGAAUGUGCUAAGAAGUCACUGAUCCACAAGCUAGAACAAACAAUGUCGGCCCUCAAAAGGCAGAGUUUGUACAGCAGCCCUUUCAGUGCGGUCAGUCACGCGAGCUCCUACAGUCCAAAUACCGGCAGCCCCUACAGCAGUGGCUUCAACUCUCCCUCCUCAACACCAGUGAAAUCUGCUUUGGUGAAACAGCUCAUACCUCCUGGUACCUCAGGUCAUCUUAAAAUUUCAGGAGAUAGAAAUCCUCCACUAAGUCCACAGUCUUCUCUGGACAGUGAAUUAAGUGCAUCGGAGAUGGAUGAAGACUCUAUUGGGUCUAAUUACAAGUUAAAUGAUGUUACAGAUGUGCAAAUUUUAGCACGAAUGCAGGAAGAAAGCCUGCGGCAAGAGUACGCAGCCACGGCGUCUCGGCGUAGUUCUGGCUCCUCCUGCAAUUCCACGCGGCGAGGCACAUUCAGCGACCAAGAGCUUGAUGCACAGAGCUUAGAAGAUGAGGAGGACGGCACACAUCACACAGUGCACCCUGCUGUCAGCAGGUUCUCGCCAUCACCUCGCAGUUCUCCCUGGCCUUCACCAAAACAAUCCCCAAGAAAUUCGCCUCGCUCCCGAUCACCUGCUCGAAGCAUAGAGUACAGCAGAGUGUCACCGCAGCCUAUGAUCAGCCGUUUACAGCAGCCUCGUCUUUCCCUUCAAGGCCAUCCUACAGACUUGCAGACUAGUAAUGUCAAAAGUGAAGAAAAGCUAAGGCGUAGUCUUCCAAACUUGUCCAGGACAUCCAACAUCCAAGCAGAGUCUGUGAAAAACAGCAGAAGUGACUCAAACUUCCAAGUGCCAAAUGGAGGAAUACCUCGCAUUCAACCUCAAGCCUCAGCCACAGCUCUGCAAAGGCAGAAAAAUUUGCCUCGUGCUGUCUUCAAAACCAAACAGUUUCUUCAAACUCCAUCUACAAAAGGAGUACCUUCUUCAAGUAAAUUCCGCUCGCCCGCGGCACCGUCUCCCUUGGCCCUCCGCCAGCCGGUGAAAGCGUUCAGCACCCACGGGCCAGGCUCGGCUGCCUCUCCAGAAGCCGCUCAGCUGACGCACAGCAGUUCUUCACCAGGGCCUCUCGCAGCCCAGAGCUCAGGCUUGCCCAGCCCUGCCAGCAGUAUUAACAGUACUACUCUUACCAGACCAGCAGGGAUGAGGAGUGGCUUGCCCAGACCCAGUGCCCCUUCCACAGGGGGCAUCCCAGUGCCUCGUAGCAAACUUGCACAGCCUGUUCGCAGAUCAUUACCCACUCCCAAGACAUAUGGCAACGUGAAAGAUGAGAGUUGGAAAGAUGGCUGCUACUGAUCUGCACAGCUUAAUGCAGAGUUCCAAUGCUCAUGGAUACUUCCUCACCAGGCAAAAAGACAGCUUGAUUAAACAAACUGUUCAGAUGUGACUCUUGGAAUUUGUAAAAAUUCCAAACCUCUCUGUCUCUAAUUAGCACAAACUGGCAGAGAUUAUUAUAAAGCAGCACUUUAAUGACAUCUAACAUCAGAUGUUUGGUGGUCAUACAAUCACUUCUACAUUAAAUUGCUAUCAGUUCUGGGGGCUUUUUUAUUGCUUGCUAAAAAUGUUAUCAAUAUGAGCAUUUAUGAGAGUGGCCAAUGUCGGGGCAAAAAUGAAUGAAUGCCAAAGAAAUGCCCAUCUUGAAAAACAGCAAGGAUAACUAUCAACACACAUCAUCCAAAACUUCAUAUUCAGCCCGCUUUAACUCAGCAGAAAGAUUGGUGAAUAUGUACUAUUGAAACAAGGCUACAUGAAUCAGAGCUCACGUUCUGAUUGCAGACUGCUACAGUGCUAGGGAGAUGUUGCUUUUAGCAAUUGUAUGAGUUACCAACUGGGGCUGGAUCUGUCCUUCAGUACUGCAGGAAGAAUCAGCAGCUACUGUGGAGGAUUGGGCAGGACAGGGAGUUGUAGCCAUGACUUCUGUUGCAUUAAAAGGUUUGAAUGUAGCAGACACACACAAUGCAAUAGUAUAGAUUGCAUCUUUCUAUGUUGAUUUAUUGGCUUUACCUACUCCUACGCUUGAUUGCCAAAAGGGCUUAGUAUCAGUUGUACAAUCUUUCUAACUUUAAAUUCCUGUCUCAGGAAAGAUGGCCUUCAUUAUUGUAGCCACAUUUUUAACACAUGGCUUGCUAUUUGAGGAAAAAUUUUUAUAGCAGGUUUCCUUGCAAAAAAAAGAGCAAGUGAUAAUUUUGAUUUAUUCUAAUACCAUACCACUAUACAUGCAGCCUGCAGCAACUGUAAAUGCUGAUAGUUAAGGAGAAGGAAACACAACUAUGCACUUGUAACAUACAAAUUUUAAGGAAAUGAGUUGACUCUUGAUGCCAAAUGAUAUUCAUUUAGGUGAUGUUCCAUGGUAUGAGGGAGUUUUCUGUAUCCUAUUUUUUUACUUUCAUCCAUUUCUUAAAUUGGUUUAUUUUAAAUUGUAAAUAUUUUUACAAAAGAUAUUGCCCAUGUAAGUGUGUUUAAAUAUGUACUUUGCCUUACAUAUGUGUAUCUUACAUUACUGGUAACAGAGUAUGAAACCUGCUAUGUCUGUUUACAAGCUAUUAAACUCCUCUGGUGGCUCUGACUUACUCUAAUACAUUUUGCUCAGAACAACUGAUAUAUUUAGCAUUGAACCAUUGUUUCCUGUUUUGGAAGACAUCAUACAAAAAUCUGUACCUAAAGUUGUAUUGAGUGGGACUAGUUAAGUGGAAGGGAUUUUGUUUGAAGGUUUUUCAAUAUUUUGGAUGUACAGUUGAUGAAGUAAGAGAAUGUGAAUCCUUUGUGCAAUGAUUGACAAACACUACAAGUCAGAUUGGACGGUAGGUAGCCUUCAACCCCAUUAGUAACUGAGUUUGGGACUGCUGGUGUAUUUUGCUCCCACCACUAAGAGGAUAACUAAUCCUGAAAUUCUAGCACUUGAAUUUUAGGCCAACAUUAACAUAUUCCUGGAUGAAAAGCCAUUCAAUACUACUUGACUUGGAAGAAACCAAAUAGGAAGGAGUGGAGACUAACUUGCAACUUAAACUACUCAAGCAAGCUCUGGGUUGAUGGGUUAUUUCACACACCAGACCAUGAUCUGUGCUGACCUCAAAGUCAGGGUGUCAAAUAUACUGUAAUUGUCAGAUUGCAGCAGAAACCACCUUUUCACCAGUACAGAGCAGUGCAUACCACUAAUGCAGCCUUGAGUCACCUGCAGGUACAGGGAAUGGAUGUAUCUCACAGCACUGUUCAGCAGAAAACAGGACUAGAUCAAAUGUGCAUAUUCUCAGUAAAGCCUGAAUUUUAAUAUUUCAGCAUUGUACAAAUCAGUGCUGCAGUCUUCACUGAAGAAAGGGGAAUUUAACUUGAUGGAUUUGAUCAAACUUCACUUGACUUACAAAUUUUGAAAGUCAGUUUAGGUGACAAUAUUGGGGGUUUUACCAUGGCUGCAUCAAACUUGUGUACGUUUCCUUAAGUUAAGUAAUUCAUUGCUUGGGUAAAUUCAGCUUGAGUUUUUUAGGGAUUUUUUUCUCUGCUAUUCUCCCCAAAAUACAGCAAAUGACUUCCUGAGAAGACAGACUGUUUGCUAGAAAGCCUUUGUGCAUUACCAGUUCAUUGAUAUCAGGAAAUCAUGGGGGGCUCUGUGUUUAGAGAUUUACUGCAGAAUUGUGGAAAUAUGGAUUUGAUAAAAUAGUGCCUAUGAUUUACUUAACUUAUGUUUGAUAUAGUAGUAAGGGUUUUAUGAAUGUGGAUUACUUUUUGUGCCAACAGCUUGGAAUUGAUGUAUGUGUGUAGGCAGAAGGAUUUAUUCUGCUCCCAAAGUUAUUUAAUUUUUUUUUGUGUUUGAAUGUUUUUGUAAGUGUUAAAAGUGUAAAAAAAUAUAUAAAAUAUUCUUACCACAAAA